UCCCUCGAGCUUUUGACUGCUGGAAACAGUUAAAGAGGAAUGAAUUGAUCAUCUCUACCUUUAAAACAACAGCGUUCUACACCAGUUCACCGGCUCUUUCCAAUUGAAAUCUAUCUUGCUUGAGCUAUUUUUUUUAAAAAAAAUUAAAUUUAGCGUGAAAUGGAUAAUGACAAUGAUUUCACCUUUUGCCAGGUGGGAUUGCCUGUUGAUAAAAAUGGACUCGAGGCGGAGAAUCUUGCAUCGGAUAUUGGGGGCAUAAUUAUUAAAGAUGGAUUUUCCAACGGCACUAAUAGUAGUCAGGGUGGUGGUGUUGUGUGGAGAGAUAGCUUGCCUGAUGCUGAUUCCAAGAACGAGAGAACCGUUGGUUCUCUGUCUUUCAAUGUUAUUGAUGCAUCAGCUCGGGGAGAGUCAAGUGGAGUUCCUAGACAAGUGGCAUCUGGAAAUGCUGGAACUUCAGCUAAGAAUUUUGAUGAAAAGAAAGUUUCUGCUAGGAAGCCUGUGGCUCGGAGUAAGGUUCCAUUUGAGAAAGGUUAUAGCCAAAUGGAUUGGCUUAAACUCACUCGAACUCAUCCUGAUCUUGCAGGAUUGACGGGACAGUCCAACAAGAGGCUUAUUUCCAUGGAUGAAGUUAAACAACACCAAACAGAAGGAUCCAUGUGGACUGUUUUAAAAGGUCGUGUCUACAAUUUGUCUCCAUACCUCAAGUUUCAUCCAGGAGGUGUUGAUAUACUGAUGAAGGCAGUAGGAAAAGACUGUACAUCUUUAUUCAACAAAUACCAUGCCUGGGUGAAUGCUGAAUUCUUGCUGGAGAAGUGCCUUGUGGGCACUUUGGAUGUAGACGGUCCUGGAUAACAGGCUUAAUGAUGAAUACUGAAUGUAACAAACGAACUGAGUGGUGGUGCUGUUUUUUUUGGGCUUUUUGGUCCCUUCUGUUUUCGAAAGAGACAGAGAGAGUCACACCUGACGAUGAACCAUGGAACCAAGUUUUUCUUCAAGCACAAUAGCGGUCCAUCCUGAAAUUUGUAUCUUUCGAUUCAUCAAAACACUUGUGCGUGUAAUUGAACAUGUUGAGGCCCGCCCCCAAUAUCGGUACAUUAUUUUGAACCUCAAGCCGACGGGUUUAUCG